AUGAAUCCCUCCUCCGUCUCCGACAUGUCGGGCAUGGCCGUCUUGGGUUUGCACCUCGCCAACUCCGGUCCAAAAGCGUCCCACGCGCACUCGCACUCAUACCCGUCCUCGCUCGCCUCCUCCGCCUCCUCCUCAUCCUCCUCGAUCUUCUCUCUCGACGCGUCACACAGCUCGGUCUCAUCCACGGCCACCAACCCCGUGGAUGUCGUCUGGGAGAACGAGGGGGAGACUUUCAGGAGGAACACGGGCCCUUGCCCCCGUGUUUUUUCCAAGGGUCUGCCCCCGAAACCCGAUGCUGCCGUGCCCCCAGAGAUGCGCAUGAACCCUCGGCGCACCUCCGUCGCGUUGAACGGUUCCGCUGCCGCCGCCGCCCGCCCGCCGCCCUGUCUGCUCCGCCAGUCUGAGCGGAAAGUCAAUUUUGUCGACAACCUUGUCGACACGGCAUCGCAAAUCGUCGAAGUGAUCUGGCCCCUCUCUGCCGCGGCUUCCCGUAGUGAUGCGGCGACCGGGGCGAAAGGAGUUCUUCCUCUGCGGACUUUUAUCCAAGAGACCCUUCGUCGUUCGCGGACCAGCUACUCGACCCUGCAGGUGGCGCUGUACUAUCUGAUCAAGAUCAAGUCCCAUGUGCCCGCCCACGAUGUUCCACCGGAGCAGCGUCGGGAGCAGGCCUGCUCGCGAGCCAUGCAGUGCGGUCGUCGCAUGUUUUUGGCGGCCUUGAUUCUGGCUUCCAAAUAUCUGCAAGACCGUAACUACUCGGCCCGCGCGUGGAGCAAGAUCUCUGGAUUGAACACCCUCGAAAUCAAUCAGAACGAACUGAUGUUCCUGGAUGCGGUUGGCUGGAGACUGCACAUCUCCGAAGCUACCUUCCAGCGAUGGACGGAAAUCGUUCUGAAGUUGACUCCCGGUGCAGGCAGCACCCCCGCGGGUGAAGGGUAUUCCUGGCGCAGCGUCCUUCCGCGACUCACCCCCGAUUUGGACUCCUUCGACUUGGAGCCGAUGACCCCCACGUCGAUGGGUUGCAGUCCGGAGCUUGGCUUUGCCGACUUCCCUUCGCCUCGCAGUGCUCCUACCUUGGAGUCGCUUCGCCCGGCUGGGCGCGAGCAGACGCCUGCUUGCCCUCGUAGCCUGCCCCGCACCAUGGAGCCUGCUCCCCGGUCGGGGUAUGCCCAUCUGCCUCUGCCCACCCUCUCUCGCCCCCACAUGUUGCCGACACCUCAGAUGACCCCCCAGUCGCACGUUCUGUGCACUCCUGCUGCGAGUGCUCCGUCGUGCGAUCCCCGCCGUCCGUCUAUCGGUAGUGCGAUGGCUCAAGUGCAGAAUAUGGGUAUGGCGCGCUCGAUCCUCGAUCAGCGCCCGCCGCUCUCAGUCUGUCCUCGUGUUCUGUCGUCCGAUGGUUACCCGGUCGUGGGUCGCCGGUCUUCUUUGGCUCGGUCAACUUCCUCUUCCUCGUCGGCGUCCUCUCCGGAUUCGAUGGUGUCGGACGUUUCGACUUUGUCCUCGCGCUCCUCGCGUUCCUCGUCCGUCUCAUCCAUCGUUUCCGGUCUUGGGACCUCGGCCCCUUCUCGCCUGGCUGUCACGGCGACCUUGCGUUGCACCAGCAAUUCUUUGAAGGAAAAUCGGAAGAAUCUGGCUAUCGCCUCGCCGAUCGAUGAGAUGCCUUUGACCAGCCUAUACAAGUCUCCCGAUUAUCCCGCUCCUGUGGCUUCGAUGGCAGAUUUUUCUGGCUUCGUCUUGGACUCCAGUCUCAGCGAGGCUGCUCAGAGCCUCUGCGAGUUGUCAGGAGCUACCCCCGAUCGGCGUCAGUGUCGCAAGCGGGGUCGAACUGGAUCUGAAGAUCUCCUUCUCCAGGGCCAUGUCCGUCAGCUGAUUGACGCGGGCGCCUCGGGUGCGUCGGCGGCUUCUAUCCGUUCUCACGGGUACCCGCUGGAUUCCCUGCAGCCGCUCACAGCAAGGUCCUCUCUCUCGGGACCUGCGGGCAUGAAACGAGCUUGCUGUGGCAGCGAGGCGAGAAAGAUUGCUCUCAACCCAGGCCUUCGCGCGGAGUACCUGUCUUGA